CGAGCGCGCGAGGGUGGUUCUGGAAAGGUUGGUCCUCGUGUUUUCGCUUUUGAAACCCUAGGGUUCCACGGAAGAGGGAUUCGAUCCUGCUUUCAAUUCGCAGAUGGCAGAGGAGCCGUUAGUAAAUGAUAUGCUUGCUCUCACUGAGAAAAAAUUGGACAUGACUUUAGAUGAUCUAAUCAAGAUGUCCAAGAAAAAUUCAUCUCAAAGGAGAAGGCGUCAAAGAGUUCCGAUCAAAUCUCAAGGAAUUUUUGGCAAUAAUACUUACCAAGGUACCUCCAAGCUUCGACAAUUUAUGGAUUCCAGAUCGUCCAUCAGACAGGGCGUGCUCGCAAAUAAGAGGUCACAUUUUCAAUGGAACCAGUUCCCAAUGAUCACAGAGGUUGCAAAGAAGGCUGCAUCUGUUCCUGUUCAUAAUUGGGUGGUUAACUGGAAUAAGCGAAGGUUUGCAGCUGCACCAGCUCAGAAGAAGGCAACUGAAAGCAGCCAACCUGGAAAGGGUAACGUGAUGGGGAACCAGAAGCCUCGGACCUUGGACGCACGCUUUGCGAGUAUCAAGGAGCUGAGGAUGGGGGGGCCACAAGGAAGUCGCAAAGGACACUGGCCAGUCAGAGGCCGAAACAAGGCACGAGCCGUCAGCUUCGGGCAGCAAUCUGGGAACUUUGCCAGAUAAACUGUUUCACUUCAGUAGAUUUCAUCAACUCAAUCGCCUUGGGAAGGUAUGGUUGGGUUGGUCAAGUUUUUCCUUGACAGGCGGAGAAAAGCCGGCAUCUCUCUAUUAGCUACUACAAACAUUUGGACAGUUAGUUUGCAUUUAUGCUGUUUGUCUGUACUGUUAGUAGGAUACUAAGUAGUAUUACUAAGAAAACGACAGGUUGCCUUUUCACCAUUGAAACAGUGACUGAAUCAAUGGUUUUUCUUGUUAUGUUAACCAAAUUCAUAGCUGUUAAUUCUUUCA